GUCACAAGCAAGGAGAGGCGGAGGAGGAAAAGGCAGAGAGAGAGAGCCCAGCCCUUGAAUACACGGCAACAACAAGCCGACUCAGAGAGAGGGAGAGACGCAGAAAGCCCCGGCCGUAUUUCUGAUUUGUUUGGGGGGGGAUGAAGCUCAGGGAGCCGUCGACGCUGCUGUGGAUAUGAACUGAACAGACACACUGGAAGAGGCAGGGAUCGUGUUCCUAUAUAUCCCGAAAAUUCACAGUAAAGGUGGAAAAAUAGCACCGCCCCAAAAAGAAAACAUCCUGUCUCCCCUCUGACAGUUCUGGUUCAGAUAGUGCUACACCCAAAGCCCCGAUCGACCCCCUCCUGCUCCUGCUGCUCCACCCCUCCGCCGCUGCACCGCUCCGGCAACCGAGAUGCACACGGAGACCCGUAACAAGAAAUGCCAGUCAACUCUAAAGCAGAAGAAGAGUGCCGCCGGUGCCCGAAAGAAGCAGAGGAGCUCGGCCAACAAGCAGAGCGCCGUGACCCGGCAGUUGUCAUCAUCGCCACCACCGCCAUCCUCACCUCCGCCCCCCGCAGCCAAACAAGAGCAGGAGGAGGAGGAGGAGGCGCUGACCACUGGGCCUCGGCCGCCGCACGAGGAGAAGAAGCUGAAGGAGGUGGUGACGCUCACCGUUGGGGUGAAGCAGGAGGAAACGGAAGAGGAGAAGGAGGCACAAGGCCAGAGAGACAUGCCCUCAGUACAGAUCAAAUCAGAGCCAGAGGAGAUGGAGUGCACGGCGGAUGUAGGUGAUGACUGCUCCCAACCUACAGACCUGAAGAUGAAGUCAGAAAUUAAGAUGGAGCCCUCUUCACCUCACUCGAGUCCCGCUGAGGACCAGACCGAACCUGUCGACCUGUCGCUCAACAAGCCCCGCUCUGCUUCCACAACAAGCACCACAGUCAACCCUGCACCAAGCAGUGCUGUGUCCCAGCCCGGCCUCUCAGCCACACCUGUUCCCACCACGGUACAAUCCAUAGGCUCCAUGGUCCUCUCUCCAGGUUCUAUCCUAGCCACACAGGGAGCUGGAGGACAGCAGAUUCUCCAUGUUAUACAUACGAUUCCCUCAGUCAGCAUGCCAAGCAAGGUGGGCCAACUGCAGACCAUCCCUGUGGUGGUGCAGUCACUGCCUGUAGUCUACACCACCGUGCCCACAGACGGUGUCGCCACAGCGGCCAUCACAGUGCCACUGAUAGGCAGCGACGGACGCUCAGAGGGAUCAGUUCGUAUCAAGCCAGGCUCGACGUCUCCUGUUGAGUAUCAGACUGACAGCGAUGCAGAGAGCGGUACGGAGUCCGGAUCAGCGUCCCUCAGCGCCCAAAGCAUCGACGCAGGGUCAGUUAUGGACUUGGAGCCCGUCGAUCCCGAUACACUAGACCUAAAGAGGCGGCGAAUCCACAUGUGUGAUUAUGAAGGCUGUAAAAAAGUUUACACCAAGAGCUCCCACCUCAAAGCCCACAGGAGGAUACACACAGGAGAGAAACCGUACCACUGUACCUGGGAGGGCUGCACCUGGCGCUUCGCACGCUCUGAUGAGCUCACCCGACACUUCCGCAAGCACACGGGAAUCAAACCUUUCCGUUGCACGGAGUGCGACCGCUCCUUCUCCCGGUCCGACCACCUGUCUCUGCACCGCCGUCGCCAUGUGAUGAUGUGAACUCCCCUCCAAACCAGUCUGUCAAACCAACCUCUGACCCCUUGGUUUCGCAGAGUCCACUCACCUUGUACCAGGGCCUCUGCCAUGUUUCAUGUUCUGCGUUUAAGAUUUUCAAACACAAUCUGCAGGGGGGAAAAGGGACAAUUCCUCCUCCUCUCCACGUUGAAACAACAGGACAACUGGGAGUCUGUCUGUGCAUUUGUGAACAUGCAUGGUGGAUUUAUUAAUUAUAUUCAUUCUGCACCCCAGUUCAGACCUUUCUCUACAAUCAGUUUUUGAAUAGCAAUGUAAAAAGAAGGACGAACUGAAAUACACUCAGCAGCAGGGAUAGUCAUCCAUCUAUCCAUCCAUCCAUCCAUCCAUCCAUCCAUCCAUCCAUCAUCCAUCCAUCCAUCCAUCCAUCCAUCCAUCCAUCCAUCCAUCCAUUGGAGAGGAUGAGUAGGGGACACAACAAGGAAUGUUGUUCAGUGUUUUUAACACCUACUAUAACUUGGAUAUCACUUCAGUUGCUCUUUCCUUCCUUUUGUUUUACAUUUUGCAUUCUGUUUAAGUUCAGAGUUGGAGAGAAGUUGUUGAGUCAAGGAACCUCUUAAGUAAAGUGGACAUUCCAUUUAAGCCUCAUGAUACAACAUGAGAUGGAAUUGUGUGAUCAAAUAGCAAUUGAAAAAGAACAUCAAAUGUCCAAGUACAUUUAUUACUAACGUGGUGUCAGAGCAAGCACAGUAUUUAAGUUAAAUCCCUUCUAUUUAACACAAAUAAGCAGCAUAAACACUGAAAAAUGAGAGAUAUCAGGGCUUUAAUGAUGGAUACACACUGCCUUUGCAUCUCAAUAACUUACAAUGUCAUCAUUAUUUCUGUUAUUUUGAUGAAUAUGACUUACACCUGAUAAAACAAAUCCAAAAUUCAGUUUCUCAGAAGAUCAGAAGAUUACAUCAGACAAAAAGAAAUAUGGGCCUACUGAAAAGUAUGUCCUUGCUCUGUACAGUAUUUGUACCCAUUUGUUGACCAGGACUCCUUUUGCACAAAUUACUGCAACUCUGCUGAGAAAAGAAGGGCAUGUUGGUUUAAUAACGUCUGCAUCUUGUCUUCAUUGUUGGAUCUGAUUUCUCUCAUCUUUUAAAUCACAUCAUCAUAAACAUUUACUCAAGAUUUUUAAUGAUCGGAGAAAAAUCUAUGUUUGGUAUGAAAAGGGGAAUUUUCACCAAGACCUCCUAGGGUUUACUGGGAGCUUUGGAAACGCAAGCUCCCAUAUUUAUGGAUAAAGUAUUUAGCCGACUGUCUGGCUCUAUGUUGAAAAUCGCCAGCAGCUGACGUGGCGUCUCAUUAAUGCUCCUCCGCUGGUCGCCUGGUCCUAAAAGCAACCUACUUUCCCUCCUCGGUACAUGGAGCUGCAAGACUGUGAACUUUUUAAAGACUGGUUUGUUUUCAGUGUAUCAGUCACGUUGUAUAUGUUCUACCCCACCUCUCUCUCGGGCGCGCACGCACACCUUUCUGAUCCUUCUUCGACAACAGUAUUUGCUUUGUAUGCUUUCUUAUUGGUGUUUUACAAAAAAGCUAGGCCUUCAGUGCACAGUUUUUCUUCUUCCUCCAGGUUUGCCGCUCUGAACAGUAACAACAAAAAAUAAAUAAGUCAGAUCAUUUUUGUUGAUUUUCUGAGGCUGUGAAAAAGACAGAGCAACUCAAAUUGUUUGAUAAGACAAACUCUUGAUGAAGGGAAAUGGGGGGGACUUUUCAGAGUGUGUGUUACUUGCCUGCGUUUGUGUGUCUGUGGGUGGGUUUUGAGAUAAAAAAAAAAAAUCAAAUAAUCAGAAAGGAACAUUUUUAUGAGUGUUUGUUGCGGGCACUGGUCGUUCUUUUACCUCUUGCCCGUUGAGCCUUAAUAACUAAAGUCAAUCUAUAAGGGCGAAACCAGAACCGCUGAGAGACGACGUCUGCAGUCCAAACCGCAAAGUAGGAGCUGCUCGAAUAAAUAAAAAAACAAGCAGCUUUCAGAGGUUUUCAAAAAGACAGAGGAGAACAUGUGAGAUAGUUGGUUCUACUUUUAAGGGUCUCCAGUAGAUUAGAUUAAAACAUUACAUCUGUGAAUUUGCAGCACAAAGAAAUACCUCCAAUUUGAGGCUCGUAUUCAUCUUUCUAAAAUAUCCAGUGGUAUACGUCAGCUUUUGGCUGUAAGUCAUCUUUCAGAGGUUCUGAAUGAUACUACAGGCACUGUGCCGGACUGUCAGGGUCCAUCACGCCUUGGGGUUCAGACCACGAGGAAACUAAAGCGCUCUCCUCACUAGCAUUUCCACCACAAGGGUCGUUAAUCCUCUCAGUAAAUAUACAAUAUGCUCCACAAGGUUCUGGAUAUUAUGUUUAUUUAGUGCUGGUCUUUAACUCUGAUCAGCACAUGAAUCAAACUGUUGAUGUUUCGGAGCAGAAUUGAACCCCCCUCUUGGCCCUGCUUCCUAACCCAUGGUGUCCAUGACUUAAGUGGGCUGGUUUCUGACCUCUGAUCUAGGCUGAACUUGAUUAUGCAAAAAAACGCAGACCUCGCUCCAUGCGCUGUUCUGUUUAACUCAGUAAGUAGGUAUUUUGAAACUCACAAGAACCUUAAAAAAUUAGGAACGUCAGGAUAGAAGCCCGUGUUGUUGAGCAAAGCCAACCGAUUCUAAGCUUGUAGGGAGGCUUUGUCAGUCGUGAAAAUAACCUCUUUUAUAGUUCUGGUCUGUUCCUGUGCAAAAAAAGAUAUUCUGUUUAUAAACCACGCAGAGUUUUUGUCAUCAUUUAAAAGGUAGAGUGCAUGAAGAAACAAGGCCAGAUUGUUGUUUGGUCUGCAUCUGCAAAAGAAGAUCAAUCCAAACACAGUCACUGGGUCAGGAUUUAAGAUGUUUUAUCUAAAGAUAAGUGGAAACUAGUUCAAACAAGUAUGAAUAAUGUAUAACUUUUACAGACAUAAUGUAUAACUUUUAAAUCCUAACUAAACUCAGUCACUUGUUUGGAGGGAUUUUGUUCUUUUUACUGAAGCAAACCAACACAAUGUUUCCAUUUUUCCUAUUGAACCCCCUUGCUUCAAGUGAAAAAAGAAAAAGUUACUAAGCACAUCUUUCUAGAAGAGUUUAUGCAUUUGAUUGCAAUUUUCUUUCUUUUGUAAACUGUUGAUAAAGACAUUAAGGACAAAUAAUUAAAAGAAAUCCAUGUACAUACCUGUAUAUAAUCAAAAAGUGCAGAGUAAAUGUAACGGGUGAAUUUCUAUUUUUAACACUGACUAGAUAAUGUUAAAAUGUUUUUUUUUCUUGCGCUGUUGGUUUGAUGAAACUGUGUUUCAUCGCGUGAACCCAUCCCCCCCUCCCAAAAUCUAAUACAUUUGUUUCGUAGUUUCUUAAAAAGUGGUCCCACUUGUGUUGUGAACACUUGUGUUGCAUGGAGAAUAGCUUUGUUUUUCUUAUGGUGACAUUGGUGAGCAUGUACGUGCGUGUGAGACAGUUGGCAAUUUUUAUUAAAAAGAUGAACAGGGUUUUUAUUUUUAAAUAGUAAGAGAGCUUAAUAUUUUAUCACUUGAUCUGAUUUGAAUUGAGUCACACAAAGAGCAAUGUUAAAUGUCGUUCCUUAGGUCAGCGAAGCUUCAGGUGUAGUCUGACAAAGAAACAGACUUAAAGGGGGUUAAAUGAAAAGCUAGCUCACAUUUUGUACUUCCGUAGAAAGUUCCCAAAUAGUACAUCAAAGAUUCUAAAAUACCAGGAUAUCCUAUUUCAUACAAACAAAAGACAUUACUUGGAUAAUAUUUCAGCCAUGAAAGCAAAUGUAUAGUAGUUAAUUCAGUCAUAUGUUACACAAAUUUAGCACAGUAGCAUUCAAGAAGGAUUAAAAUAACAAUUGCAACCUUUUUUGCUUUGGAACAUGUUUUUCAACCUAGUGCAGGUAUAGGUAAUAUUGUCUUAUUAAAACUCAAACUAAAGAAGGAAUGUUUAUGAGAAACAUUAAUUAUCAUGACUAAAGAUUUUCUCAAGCAAAUGGAGCAAAACUAGCUUGUGCAGAAUGCACUUGUGAUUUUAACAUUCCAGAUUUUAAUUAGAAAUUUCAACGUUUUUUUUUUCUAAAUUAAAUUGAAAAAUACCAUCAAACAUGCAGUUUUGCCUGGAGAAGACGAAAUUAAAUUAAAGAAAUAUCACUGUCCUCGACUACUGAAUCUAAAUAGUUAGCUAAUUCACUGGGAUACAACACUACUUUAGCUCAAUGGAAAUUUUCUUAUUUAAUUGGAAAUUUUCCAGCCUAUUACAAUUGUGGAAACCAAUGUUGCAUAGUAUGAAGAAUGAAAACUCAAACUAAAAACACAAAAUCUAGGAAGAAACACAGAUUUACCAAGGUACCUGAACCAAGGUUUCCAUCUUACUGAUAGCAUUUACGGUGAAUUAAAAUUACAAAUGUUAUUCUCUUGUUUAUACUUGUUUUUCCAAUUUAUUAGCUACAGUUUUAAAUAAAAUGUCACUUAGUAUAAAGAAUAAAAAUUCAAACUAAGAAGCAAUGUCCAUGAAAAACAGAUUUACCAAAGCAAUGUACAGAAGCUAAUUUCGCAAAACUAGCUUGUUUAACAUUUCAAAUUGUAAAUCGAAAUGUUUUCUUUUUUUAAAUAAAUUGAAAAAGCCUCUAAAUGUAGGAAUUCUAUUUGAAAAAGUUAAAGUAACAUUACUAUCCCCAACCAUUAAAUCUAAAAUGUAGCUGACUCACUAAUGUGGUAGCUAAUGCUAGCACACUAACAGCAUCUAUGGUUUAUUAAGAUUGAUUAAGAUUAGAUGCUAUUUUUCAUGUUUAACAGGAGGUUUUCUCACCUAUUUCUCUUUAUACUGUCAGAGUAUAAAUAGAUAAAAAUCAAAGAUGUUACAUCUAUGAGAAAUGAAAUUUACCACGGCUAAAGAUUUCCUGAAGCUAAUGCUAGCUUAAAGAACAAGCUUGUGGCCCUUUUAUCAUUUCAGUUUACAAGUUAAAACUUGAGUUUAUUUUUAAGUUAAACCAAAAAAAAAAAAAAACAACUUUAAAAUCUGGCCAAGUUUAUUGAAAAAUGUGAAGACGUACCACUAGCGCUGACCACUAAAUCUAAAAUGCCUAAUUUUUAGAAAUUUACCAGCACUUAAUUUUUAAUCACUUGCUUUUAAAUCUGUUGCAUAAAGAAAUAGUCUCACAUUGGGACAGAAUUUAUGAUGAAUUAAGCAUCAUGUUUGAUGAAAUAAAACACCAGGAAACACUAAAACAGGGUCUGUAAAGUAAUCCAAAUUAAAAAUGUCACUUGCUUGUUAAUAAAAAAAACUUUUCAACCCAUUACACCAUUAGAAACUGAAGAAGUUUACUAUACAGACCAAAGGUCAAACAAAGGAACCAAUGUUUCUUUGAGAGAUGUGAAUUAACUGAAGGUUACAACUUUUUUUAAAGUUUUAGAUGCUACAUAACCAUAGCAAACUAGCAAUAAGAUAAAUUAUGCCAAUAUAAAAGCUAAGUUAUCUAGCUUUUUAAAGUAUUUUUAAACCCAUCACAGUAGGUACACAAAACGCAAACAGUGCAAUGUCUUGUUUAAACAAAUUGACUGAAGCUAAAGAUUUUUUUGGAUAAAGGAGGGAGAAUAGCUAAGUAUGAAUGAAUUGGCUUUAUGUAUGAGCUUAGAAGUUUACAUUUUACUUACCUUUUGAACAUUUCUUCAGAAAAAAAUAUGUCAAAGUUGGAAUCCCAGCUUGUAAAAUUGGGUGAAACCUCACUAAGUGAAAUGCCAAAAAGCGACCUGACUGCUCAUAGUUGUAAAAAUGAAACCUAGAUGAAUUCUGCUAGUUUGCAGCUGGUUAAAUCGGGAGCACUCAUAGUUUUCUUUUGAAUUCCUCUAUAAUUCUGUUUUCGAAGAAUAAAAAAGGUUUUAUUAGCUUGUCCUGCUGAAUGAAUUAGACAAAAUUGUGAAUGAAUCCCGUAGGUUUUUCAUCUAGGAAACUAAAUGCACCCAACAAGCAUGAAACAUCAUUCUUAGCUCUGACUUCCGGCUUCUGAGAAAAAUAAGAUGGAUCUCUAGGCCCCAGAGAAUAAAAAAAUCCUAGUUUUCCACAUGUUUCCUCAGACUGUCUCUUUAAGGAUUCUGAUAACAACUUAAACAUUUUGCUUUGCAACUUCUCCAGGCAAGUGUAUUUUGUACUGGUGUGACCUCACUGAAUCAGAUUUAUUACUUGAAAAGGCCACCCAACAGCUGAUACUUCAAAAUAUUAUGAUUAUUAUUUCAACAGUCCAGUGAAACAUCCAGAUAAAAUGUUUAUAGAAACAAAUUAGUACCAUUAAUUCCUCUUAAAGUUACAUAUGGAACUCCAUAGGUUUCAAAUAUGUUUUGGAUGAGGCAGAAAUAUCACAGUCAGAUAAAGCAAAACGUUAUAGCAAAAAUAGAACUGAAUUCUGUCAAAAAACAAGCAUUUAAAAUGUUUCUAUCUCUUACCCUGAACAUUAAGUCCCUUUAUUUUAGAGCGCAGCACUUUAAGAUGUCGUUUUAGGAGCAGGUUUUGGCAAAAUACUUAAGAAGCACAAGAAAUCACAGAAGCUCAUGUAAGCGCAAUCAAACACUUUAAACCUAUAGAGUCACACUGAGGAUAGUCAGUCAGGACAUAAGAACCUGCUGAUAACAGCUCAGACACAAUCUUGUUAGAGUGGGGUUUGUUGAGGGUAUAAUGCAUAUACAGUGGUGUGAAGAAGUAUUUGCUCGUUCACAACUUUCUUCUUUUUUUGUGUGUUUCAUCACACUUAAAUAUUUCAGAUCAUAAAACAAGUUUUACAUUCAGUCAAAAAUGAAAAUACAGAAUAGUGUUUUUAAAUCAUGAUUUCAUUUAUGAUGGGAAAAAAAAACUUUCUAAACCCACUUGGCCCUGUAUGAAAAAGUAAUUGCUAUCUAAACAAUAAGUAAAUAAGUGUUUUCAAGUGUUUGUAAUGCCUGUCAUUUAAUACUACGGAGGAAUUUAGGCCCUGUUGUUAAAUCAUGUCUUUUAAUCAGGGCAUGAUAUGAUCUUUUAGCCUAAUUCAUGUUGUCAGAUGGGUUCUUUUUAAGUCAUUUCUUGAUUCUCCAGGUUUGGAUAUAGCUCAUGAAAUGAAGCUUUCCAAAAAGUAUCGCUAAUCCAUUAUUUCUUCAUUUAAAAAGUGAGAGACAAUUUAUUUUCUCACUAAGCGUCAGGUUUAUUUGGAUAGUUUUAUUUCCUUAAAUAAAUUAAAUCGUCAUUUGAAAACUGCAUUUUGCAUUUACUCUAGUUAUCUUUCAUGAUAUUAAAAUGUGUUUGAUGAUAUGAAACCUUUAAGUGUGACUUAAAGUAAAACCACAAUAAAUAUGUAAGAGAGGAAAUACUCUUUCAUGUUGCUUUAAACUUAUUUAGUUUUCUGCUUCUGGUUGUUCUUUUCUUUGUUUAUCAAAUCUUGUGUUGUUCAGUAUUAAUCCAGAGGUUUUUGUGUUUUUUAAUGCAUACAAAUGGGAAUGUUCAUCUGUGAAACAUAUUUUAAGAGUUUGACCCCUGCUGAGACCUUAUCUGGACAGACUUCUUGUCUAAAACAUCACCGGCUGUGUCCGUCUAUGUGCGAGUGCCUCGACUCACCGUUAAUCAUUUCUCUCGCAAACCCAUCACUUUUCGGUAUGUUCUAUUGAAUGCAGUAACUUAUGGGCCAGUAGUGUAUUUACUCAGUGCAAUGCAGUUAUCAUAAUAAUACAAUUAUCAAUAAUAUUUCUUUUCUCUUGCUUUCUUUUUUAUUUGUACAGAACAAAAGUGUAAAGAUCAGUGCGGAAAAGUGAGCUUUUUGAUACUGUGACUCAUGGUGUUUAAAAGUCAGUUUCUCCCUGUAUAGUUGUAAUUAUUUUGACCCCCCUCUUCCCUUUCUUCUUCUUCUUCUUUUAUAGAAUAAAAAAAAAUGUUUUUGGUGCGAUUUUA